UUCUCUCAAUUUAACAUUCACCAGAGAGAUAGAGAGAGAGAUAGAGAAGACUGAUAAACAGAGAAGAUGGCUUGCAGAGUGCAGAAAAGGAUAUCACUGCGCAGAAAACUUCAUAUUCUGCGAGUCCUUACCAACUCAUAUUCUGCCAAGAGAACCUCCAUUGCCAAUACCACCAUUCUGCGCUUGUACAAGCUAAAGCUCGCCUUGGAAACUCUCAAAAGACAUUAUGAAAACCUGCUAGCCGCAAGAGAAGACCACAUUAACCUAUUGAACCAUGUCAAAGAGAACAAGGAUGUGAAAAUAGAGAAGGUAAGAGCAGGAACUUUUAUGGUGAAGGUCACCUGUGAGAAGGGGAGUAACAAGCUAGUGGGUAUUUUAGAGGCAUUUGAUGAGAUGUGUGUGAAUGUUCAGCAAGCCAAAGUUUCAUGCGAAAAUGGUUUUUCUUUGGAAGCCAUUGUUGUGGCUGAGGACCAGAGCCUUGAUGUAAGGCAUGUCACUGAAGCUCUUCUGAAAGCUAUUGGAAAGCAAAGUGGUGAGAAGUCGCAGAAGUUUGACAAAAAGCUGUGAUCUUUUACUUUUUUCAAUCACUUUAGUCUGCUCAACAUCUUGUGUAUCUCAAACUAGUUAAUACCAAUUUCACUUUCAUCUUUAUAUAUAAACCAAUUUCUCAAAGUUUUCUUCUUGUUUUC